AGGAUUUUCCUCAUUCUACUUGCACACUUCUCAGUGGCAAGACGUGAUCGUCAACCGAUUCGUAACGUCCGUUAACGACACUGUCGCGGCACAACGCAGCGCGAUUAUUCAAUUCAGGCGCUGACUUUGAUUCUCCAACUUUUUGCGGAUUAUUGGCGCUUCGCGUGUGCAACCUGAUCGUUUAGCGCGUUUUCGUUCGUCUCAUAUGCAUAACAAAGCGUUUUCAGUGUUUUUGCAGUGUGUGUGAAGAUGCGUGUGUUGCGUUCGGCGGUUGCAAUGUUUUGAAAAGGCUUCCCCACACAUCCACACCCAACCACUUAGUCAGUAGUGGAGACGCGUGCCAGCGUUUGGACUUCCUUGUCUAGUGUUCGUUGUUCGGGUGUAUUGAUCGCCCCUCGUUUGAGGUGAUCUCUUACAGUCACUGCACUCAACGCACUUGUGGUAGGCGCGUUGCGGAAGUGCGCAGAAGCACACACGGUAGUCGUACCUAUUAGCCUUAAGAACAUCAAAGUUUUGUGCGCGCAGCUGUUGGCUUAUACUACAUGCACAAGUGAUCUUUUGGUGGACAUUUUUUUGGAAAAACGCGUAAAAAUGGUGGAAGUUCAAGCGCGCACAGUGCUCUGGUAUUUGGUUUUCAUCGGUUUCGCGGUGAAUUACAUGAUUCGCAUCAAUCUAAAUAUAACAAUUGUGGAAAUGAUAGCCAAAAAACCGUUAUUAGCGCCCACAAUCACCACACAAGCGCCGCUCUUAACGAAUUUCACACAAAGCGCAUUCGUCAAUAGCAACAACACCAACAGUAUUCACGCGAAUAUGACUAGCAAUAAUGUAGCAGCGAUCGUGUCUAAUCACAGCUCCGAAGUGUCACUAACGUUGGUGAAAGAGCCGCGCUAUUCGUGGGAGAAGCAGUUUCUCAAUUCAUUGGGGAUACAUUACGAAGCGGAUGGUUUCGGCUGGAAUGAGUAUCAGCAGGGAAUGGUUUUAGGCUCGUUUUAUUGGUUACAUUGGCUCACGCAAAUUCCCGGUGGUAUUUUGGCUAAAAAGUAUGGCACGAAGUUGGUCUUCGGUCUAUCGAAUGCCGUCGGCUGUUGGAUCUGUUUCAUCAUACCAUUAGCCGCCUAUUGGAAUUAUCAGCUGCUCUUAUGGUUGCGUAUACUACAAGGACUCGUAACGGGUUUAUCAUGGCCAGCUAUGCAUCACAUGACCGGCAAAUGGAUACCGCCGAAUGAGCGCAGCAAAUUCGUCACCGCUUACUUGGGCAGUUCGGUAGGUGUCGCUGCAUUCUAUCCCUUAUUUGGUUAUGUUAUGCAUUGGACCUCAUGGGAGUGGGUAUAUCUGAUGUGUGGCGUCAUUGGCACUGUAUGGUGGUGUUGUUGGCUUUACUUUGUCUACAACACACCAGCGGAGCAUCCGCGCAUCAAUAGCUCGGAACUGCGUUAUAUUGAGAAGUCAUUGGGCACUUCGGUGCACCAUGCCAAUCUGCCUCCGACACCAUGGCGGCAUAUACUCACAUCACGAGGUGUCUGGCUGAAUGUGAUCGCACAGUGGGGCGGCAUUUGGGGUCUAUUCACGAUGAUGACACAGGCGCCAACAUACUUUCGUGUUAUACAUCAUUGGAACAUACGCGCGACCGGUUGGCUCUCCGGCUUUCCACAUUUAAUGCGUAUGCUCUUCGCUUUUGUCUUCUCCAUGUUGGCUGACUAUUUGUUGCGUACGGAUAAGAUUAAGCGUACGAACUUGCGAAAAUUGGCAACAGCGAUUUGUUUAAUUGUGAAUGGCAUUAUGGUCUUGUGUCUGGCUUGGUUUGGCUAUAAUGCGAUGGCAGCAAUUGUUUUCCUCACGCUAUCUUUAAUGUUCCACGGCGCAGUUUCAUCGGGUCCUCUAGCCGCCAUUGUCGACAUGUCUCCCAACUAUGCGGGUAUAGUUAUGGGUAUUAGCGGUUCGAUUUCCGUGCUUCCAGGUUUCAUAUCAUCCUAUCUUGUAGGCGUUAUGACGUUGGGCAAUCAAACAAUCGAGGCUUGGCGUAAUGUGUUUCUGCUCUGCGCGGGCAUGUUGAUUGGUUGUGGUGUGCUCUACGUAUUUUUCUCCGAUUCAACGCUGCAAGAUUGGAACUCACCGAAACGUGCUUUAGUUAUUGAUCCGAAGGAGUUGGAAUUCUUGCAUACGAAGAUCACAAACGAGAAUGAGAAGCAUAGUAAUAAUGCGGAGAAGAACCCUGACUAUAAAUGUGCGAGUUGAGUGAACUUGGCUGUGCUUGUUUAUGCUUUGUUGAAUUUAUUUAGUUGCAUUUUGUAGUGUUAAGUAAAGUUCUAUGUUGUUAUUGUAUUAUGUUUAGCAUAAGUUGUUAAUUUUAGUAAAAUCUACUCAAAGCUGUUAAUAAUUAUUAAACUUAGUAUUAAGAAAGUCUGAUUAAAAUUCACGAAAGCAAAAACUUCAAA